AUGGGGAAGAAGCGGAAUUCUAAGAAGGGCUCCAAAGGAGGUUCCCGCGGUACUCGACCAGCUAACUAUUCGUCGACUUUGGUUCGGGAGAAUGAAAACUACGAGAAAUAUUAUAAUUCGCUUCAGAUAGUUCCAGAAGAAGAGAAGCAAGCCUUCUGGGAUGCUUUACGGCGUGAUUUACCUAACAGCUUUCGCUUCACUGGGUCUAGAAGCCAUGCUCUUGCUUUACAGCAGCGAUUGAAAGACUUCUAUAUUCCAAAUAUAACUUCAAUUCGAUAUGAGGGCGAAUUAGUUGAGCCUCCGAAGCCAGUACCAUGGUACCCAGAACAGCUAGCUUGGUCGAUGACCACACCGAAGAGCGUUGUCCGUCGCUUCGCGCCCUUCUCAUCGUUCCAGAAAUUCCUCGUUUCAGAAACGGAGGUUGGCAAUAUUAGUCGGCAGGAAGUUGUGAGCAUGAUCCCGCCGCUCCUGCUGGACGUACGACCUGGCAUGGUGGUGCUGGAUAUGUGCGCUGCGCCAGGGAGCAAGUCCGCCCAGCUGAUGGAGAUGAUUCAUGCAGGCGAGGAAGAGCGGAUGGCAAAGAUUUCGCAAAAGCUGGAAACUACAGAUGAAACUACAAGACAAAACGGUGUGAAGGUCACUGAUCUCUUGGACGGGGAGCCUGAAGCAGCGGAAUUAGAGACGGCAGAAGACGAUGGGAGAUCCACUGGUCUACUCAUUGCGAAUGAUAGUGACUAUAAGCGAGCUCACUUGUUGAUCCAUCAAAUGAAGCGAUUAAACUCGCCGAACUUGCUUGUCACGAACCAUGAUGCUACUGUAUACCCUUCCAUAAAACUACCGGCGGUAUCUGCUGAUGGCCAGCCUGCAAAGAACAGAUAUCUCAAAUUUGAUAGAAUCCUAGCAGACGUACCUUGCUCGGGAGAUGGAACAACAAGGAAGAACUUCAAUCUAUGGAAUGAUUGGAACCCUGCGAAUGGAAUUGGACUAUUUGCCACUCAAGCACGCAUCUUAUUCCGGGCCUUACAGAUGCUUAAGGUUGGAGGCCGUGUGGUUUACUCUACCUGCAGCAUGAACCCCAUCGAGAACGAAGCUGUUAUUUCCCAUGUCAUCGAUAGAUGCGGUGGGUCUAGCAAAGUUGAGAUCGUUGACUGUGAAAACCAGCUUCCAGAACUAAAGAGACGGCCGGGUCUGACGACUUGGAAAAUCAUGGAUAAGACUGGACGCAUAUAUGAGAACUGGGCAGAGGCGGAGGAGGAAGUGCGAAAACUUAAUCCAGCGGCCAGCCGGCUUGUGGAGGGCAUGUUUCCACCUUUAGGAGAUGCCGACGUUGGUGACCUCACGCGGUGCAUGCGUGUAUACCCCCACAUGCAGGACACCGGCGGCUUUUUCAUUACUGUUCUUGAAAAGAAGCGGGAGAUCAAAAUGAAACCUGAUGCCACUAAAGCAGCUACUUCUACAUCUAUUGGAACUUCCCAAGCUGGCACUCCUGCAGCAGCUUCAGACUUAGCAGCUGCCGUGGAGAAAGAUGUUGAAGAUGAACCUUUGGUCUUUGCAAAUGGCUCUGCUGUAGAAGCGAAACAAGAUACAACAGAAACCACACUUAAGAGAGGUUCCGAUGGCUUAGAAGAACCUCAAGCUAAACGGACAAAAGUUACCGAGCCUGCUCAGGAGGAACCAGACAAAGUAUCAGACGUCAAAACGGUACAGACAGAGAAAACAGAGACACUCCCAGCUUCGACUGUGGUACCGCCCAAGCCAAAGCGAAAGCAACAAACCUCUUUCGAAGAGCCAUUCAAGUACCUCGAUCCUAACCGGGAAGACCUUGAUGAGAUCUUCAAAUACUUCAGACUCUCUCCGCAAUUCCCCCGUGAUCGAUAUAUGGUCCGCAACGCUGAGGGCCGGCCUGCAAAGACCAUAUAUUACACCACAGUGCUAGCAAGAGACAUUUUAACAGAGAAUGAAAGCUCGGGAAUGAAGUUUGUGCACUGUGGUGUUAAGAUGUUUGUUAAACAGGAUGUUCAGAAGCCUGAUGUCUGUCCCUGGAGAAUACAGAUGGAAGGGUUGCCGGUGAUAGAGUCUUGGGUGGGCAUGGACCGGGUGGUGAAGAUGUACACGAAACCCACACUCAGGAAGCUCUUGGUAGAAAUGUUUCCUAAGGUAAAUGAUGGAGGCUGGAAAGAGCUGGGCGAGAUUGGAGAGAGAGUCAGAGACAUGGAGAUGGGAUGCUACAUCCUGCGACUAGAGGCAAGUGAUAGAGAGGAUGGAUUCCGAGAACGCAUGGUAUUCCCACUGUGGCGAAGCGCCUUCUCGGUAAAUCUCAUGCUGCCGAAGGAGGAGCGCCGUGCCGUACUACUCCGUCUCUUCGAUGACGAUACACCGCUAGUCAACUCGACGCAGAAACAAGAGGCAGCCAAGGCCAAGGAAGAGAUUAACAUCGCCGAAUAUGAAUCAGAGCCAGAGGUCAAUGGCAAGGAUCAUGGUGAGGCAGAGGCUGAUGAGAUGGACGCUGACCCUGAGGCUGAAGUGGAAGCUCCAGUAGCUGUCCAGCAAGUAGUAUAA